AUGCAAACUCUUACACAAAGGGACGUGUAUCAGUUUGUGCGGCUGAUGGGUCGCAGUGCUUCUCUGCUUACGUUGGAAUGCUCUCUGCGCUGUCACCCGAAUAUGACGUUUGUGGGUGAAGAAGUUCAAGCAAAGAAACAAUCGUUGAAGCAGCUGGUCGCGAUGACAGCUGAUCUCGUAGAAACCCGUGCGAAACUUGGAAAGCUGUACGGUGUGAUCCUGCUGCCGGAGGGUCUUAUAGAAUUCAUACCCGAGGUCGGAGUACUGAUUCAAGAAAUAAACAAUAUUGUUGCUGCUGGUGAAUUUGAUAGAUCCAAGCUUACUCCUGCUAGCAGAGAAGUUUUAGAUAUGUUGCCGACGCACACACAGCAGCAGCUUCUCCUCGAUCGCGACCCCCAUGGAAACGUUCAGGUCGCUUUGAUUCAUACUGAGCAGUUGCUGUUGGAGAUGACAACCGAAGAACUCAAAAGAAGAGGAUUCAAGCAUCCCUUCAACGGCCGUUGCACAUACCUGGGCUACGAAGGCCGCAGCGGCUUCCCCAGCGACUUCGAUUCAAUAUACUGCUACGCCCUCGGCAAUGUAGCUGGCGCUCUGAUACAGAACAACUUGGUUUUUUAG